AUGUCUCGCUACGGAAAGCACCCACGCCUCAGCCUGGAAGAAGGUGUAAACUUCCAGAACCCAACUGAAACGGAUGAGUUCCCACUGGUUCCCACACCUGAGAAGGAGGAGAGAGAAGGAGAAGAGGAGAUAAAAGAAGAAGAGGAAGAAGAUAACAAUAAGCAGAAAAAUGAGGAAGAUAACAAAGAGAAGGAAGAAGAGGAAGAAAAAGGGAAAGAAGAUGAAAAGGAAGAGUGUGGUGAUGAAGUGAAUGAUGAAGAAAAUGAGAAGGGAGAGGAAGAAGCAGACUUAGCUUCCAUCUUUUUUUCAUCUUCUAAUGUCUCUUUUCCUACUUUUACCCCUCCUUCUCCUUCCUCCUCCUCCUCCUCCCCUUUCUUCUCUCCUUCCUCCUCUCCCUCUUCCUCUUCCUCCUCCUCCUCCUCCUCUUCCUUCUUUUCUCUGGUUCAGAGCAACCUAGGGGGAAAUGAGGACUAUGCUGCUGGGAUGCUGAGCAUUUUUCAGAAUGCUCAAAGUUUCUUUCCCUCACCUACUUUAGGGGAGAAUUUAGAUGAAGCAAACAGUCACCAGGAAGAGAGUUCAGGUGCCAUUGAGUCUCCAGAAGACCCUGAAGCUUUGCUGAAUAUUGUGAUACAAGAAAAGGCUACUGAUUUGGUAUUUCUUUUCAUUUACAAGUAUAGAAUGAAGGAACCCAUCACAUUAUCAGAAAUUUAUGAGAUUGUCACAAAAGAUUAUGAGGAUCAUUUUGCUGUCAUCUUCAUUGAAGCUUCUAAAUGCUUGGAGAUGACCUUUGGCAUUGAUAUAAAGGAAAGUGAUCUUCUAAGCAGUGCUUAUGUCUUUGUCAACUCACUGAACCUCACCUAUGAGGACAUGCUGAAUGACAAUGAUAGACUGCCUAGAAAUGCUUUCCUCAUAGUUAUUCUGGGUGUAAUAUUCAUAGAAGGGAACCGUGCUUCUGAAGAAAGAAUCUGGGAAUUUUUUAAGCUGGUAGGAGUGUAUGAUGGGGAGGAGCACUUCAUUUGUGGGGAUCCCAGGGAGUUCCUCACCGUAGAUCUAGUGCAGCAAAAUUACCUGGAGUAUCGGCAGGUGCCUGAUAGCCAGCCUCCAUGCUUUGAGUUCCUGUGGGGUUCAAGAGCCUAUGCUGAAACUACCAAGAUGAAAGUUUUGGAGUUCUUAGCAAAGAUGAAUGGGUGUGACCCAACUGAUUUCUCAAUCUGGUAUGAAGAGGCUUUGAGAGAUGAGGAAGAGAGGGCCUGGGCCAUAAAUGAUUCUGCAGAUGGAAGUCCAACCACUUGGUUUUUAGAGCGUUGA